AUGAGCUCAACCAGUGAAGAAGAGCUGCUACAUCGGCUGCAACGAAAACAGCGGAAGCGUCGUGAGAAGGAGGCAGCGGCCACCCUGGCUCAUCAACCUAAGGCAGUCAGCAUGGACAACCCAGGUGAUUCCGAUUGGCAGCUGAACCAGACAACGUCCGAUAGUCAAGAUGCUUGGCAGCAAUCAUCUUCGUGGACUGAUGACAGCUGGCAGAAGCAGGACCAUUGGCAGCAGAGUCAUCACAGUCGCGACUCUUGGCAAUCACGGUCCAAACAGGACCAGUGGUGGCACCAGACUGCUCAUGAUCAAGCCGGAUCUACCAAAAGGUGGAGGUCAAGUGACUGGCAGGCUGGCGCAUGGUCAACAGGUCGGGAAGAUAGGUCGUCCAAGGGCGGGGCCGCAGCGACACGACCUCCAGAACAGCUACCCCUUCCCGGCCCUCCUCCGUUGAUUCCUCCUUCCUUGGCUCCAGGACCACUUCCUCCCCCGCCUGCUUUCCCACCCCCACCUCCGCCGGUGUUUCCGGGGCAAGUCGGGCAACCGUCGCAGAUUCCGGUUGGGAUUGCAGCCUCACCGGUACAGCUCGGAGGUGCAGCAAUGGCGCAUACGAACGUGCAGCAGGGUCCUGCGUUGCAGCAAGCAGUUUCACCUGGUUUUGCAUGUGCGUCACAACACGCGUUUCCAUGGACAGCUCAAAUCUCGCCAUAUCCUCCAACAAGAUGGAUGUCAAAUCAGGAUGGCGCUGGUGUGCCAGGUCAGACGAUGAAUCAACCGCCGCCUGCGACGAAUUCCAAGUUCAGGAGCCCCCCUGGUCCACCACGUGCCGGAUCAAGUGCAACACAAGGCCAAAAAGGCCUGCCCGACGAUGUUCUGCAGAGUGCCAGGAGAAUCUUGCCAACACGUAAUGUGCGCAGUUGGGCAGAAUUGCAGCCAGCAGAGAGAGUGAAGCUUGACACUGUGAGUGCGCAGGCAGCUCAAGACAUCAAAGACCAUUUGCUUCAGCUGGAUCCGCAAGUGACUUCGUCCAUUUGUGAUGCUGUGGUGCAAGUGAUAGUUAGCAGCGGCAAUGAAGCCCUCUUUGACCUGCGCCGCGCGGAAACACUUGACAUCAAUCGUGUUUACAGAGCUUUGAUCGUUCCGUUCAAUCCAGGAUACUUGCCGCAUGUUUUUGGAGCCGAUAGUCGGGAUUCUGCCAGAGGAUAUUCCUACACCUUCACGUUUGCGCAUGGCACAUCCAUCAAAUCGGCCUCUAUCAUUGCGGCAGAGGCGCUGUUGAGGCCCUCAGCGUGGGGAGGCAUUCUCGAAGGCCCGGAUGGCAGCUAUCCCACUAUGGGUUUCAACGCGCAGGCCACACCUGGAUCGUACUCUACUCGUGCACAGGACACCGCAGCGAUAGUGCUAGGAAAGGUCUUGAAAACCCCGAAGGGGCUACAAGGCGUCGUUGUUCUUGGUGAGACCUUCAGUAAAGUGCCUCACUACUCCACAGAUAGUCAAUGCGUGGAUGAGGAGCAGCGUAUCACUGCACUCAACGGUUCCUGCAAAGGCGUACAUAGGUGGACGCUGCAUGCUGAAUGUUCUCAUAUCACAGCCUUUGCGUUCAUUCGCGCCUUGUAA